AAAAAAAAAAAACCGAAUCUUAGAGAUGGUGGUAGCGUGGUAGUGGUAGCUGUAACCUGUCUGCUAAUAUAGUGCACGUGUGUUUAUUCAUUCUACUACCUCUCACUCCUAAACAAAAAGAUUAGUUUAAAGUCUUUGUAGGACUGUGUCAGAGAGAGUCGGCGCAGAGAGAGAGAGGUAGAGAUGGAGGAAGCUCUGAAGAUUCAGUCUUUGUUCAUCUAUCCGAUCAAAUCUUGCCGUGGAAUCUCCGUCCCUCAGGCAACCGUCACUCAGACUGGGUUUCAAUGGGACCGCUACUGGUUAGUGGUGAACUACAAAGGAAGAGCAUACACUCAAAGAGUUGAGCCAAAGCUUGCUCUUGUCGAAUCCGAGCUGCCUAAGGAAGCCUUCUUGGAAGACUGGGAGCCAACAAAAGACACAUUUUUGGUGGUAAGAGCUCCAGGUAUGAGUCCGUUAAAGAUUCCAUUGACUAAACCGAGCUCGAUAGCAGAAGGUGUGUCCAUGUGGGAGUGGUCUGGCUCUGCUUUUGAUGAGGGAGAAGAAGCUGCAAAAUGGUUUUCAGAUUAUCUUGGCAAACAAAGCCGUUUGGUUCGGUUUAAUAAAGAAACUGAAACCAGACCUUCACCUCCAGAGUUCGCAGCAGGCUACUCUACAACAUUUGCAGAUAUGUUUCCGUUUUUGUUUGCAUCUCAGGCUUCUUUAGACCAGCUGAAUACACUCCUACCAGAACCGGUGCCUAUUAACCGUUUUCGACCCAAUUUUCUUGUCGAUAACUGUGAUCCUUUUGGUGAAGAUCUUUGGGAUGAAAUCAAGAUUAACGAAUUAGUCUUCCAAGGAGUAAGGCUGUGUAGCCGCUGCAAGGUACCACUGGUGAAUCAAGAAACCGGAGUUCCAGGUGCAGCAGAACCAACUGAAACUCUGAUGAAAUUCAGAUCAGACAAAGUCUUAAUGCCAGAUAAGAAGGCGCGUGGAAAGGUUUACUUUGGUAAGGAGAUGGUUUGGAACUGGAACAUAAGCAACAGUGAAGGCAAAGGCAGCAAGACAAUCAGGGUUGGUGAUACCAUCUCUGUUCUAAAGAUGAUGACUUCCAUAACUGAAGCAGCUGUUUAAUUCUCAACAUAUUUGCUUUCUUUCUUUUUCUUCUUAUUAUGUGUGUUAUCUUGUUCUUGUGUCUAAACUAUAGUUAAGAUAGAGGAUUGCUUGAUUGCUCAUCUGUAUCAAACAAACUUCACUUGUUCUGAGAGAUACAUCUUGUCGAAUAUGUGAUAUGAUGCUUUUCUGUUUGACUA